AUGGUUUAUGUGGGAUUAUCAUAUUAUGGACCAGCUCUUGGAGAUGAAGAACACUUAAGCUUUUUAUUUUCAUCAUUAGCUGAAAUUCCAAGUUACGUAGCAUGUUGGUUUGUUAUGGAUCGUUGGGGACGCAGGUGGCCAUUAUGCAUAUGUAUGGUUGUAGCUGGUACAUCUUGCAUAGCAACAGUAUUACUGCCACCAGAUGCUGUUUUGUCUACUCUUGUACUUUUUCUCCUAUCCAAAUCAGCUAUAUCGGCUUCAUUUCUCAUAAUAUAUCCUUUUGCUGGAGAGUUAUAUCCCACACGAUUAAGGGGCAUUGCUAUUGGAUUCUCCGCUUACAUAAGUGGUCUUGGACUCGUGAUCAUUCCUUUUAUAACAUACCUUGGUAGAGAUAACUUAGUAUUGCCCUUAGCUCUUCUGGGUGCUAUAUCUGUUAUCGGAGGUAUAUCAGGUUUAAGAUUACCUGAAACUUUGCAUCAACGUCUACCACAAACAAUUGAGGAGGGAGAAUUAUUUGGAAUUGACUGGACAUGGAAAGAUUGUUGUCAAAUUCAAUAUUCAAGAACAAAUGGUCAGACAAUAUCAUCACAAGAUUCACGCAGAACAGAAAGUAUAGAGAUUAGAGAUUUGCCCAAUGUUACUGUUACUAGGAAUCUGAAGAAAAAAAACAACAUUAACCACCUUGCUCAUCAAACAAGCAUUAUGGAAACACAAAGAGAUUGUGAUGGAUCAAUGAAGAUGGCCUAUUGGUUUUAAAACUAUAAGUUGUAUUCACUUGGCAUUAAAAAAAACCUAAUAGUAUAAGUAGUAAUGUUUAUUGUAAAAAAAAGACAUACUCAUUUACAUUUAUAGGGCUCACACAAGGAACACCAA